GCCUAUUCCUAAACGAAAUAGACCUUACGAAAGCUCAAGAUGGGUUACUAGCAGUUAACAUGCUUCCUUCGCUAAUAACACUACAUUUGGAGAGUUGUGGACUUAUAGUUCCUCACUUUUUACAGGUCAAUUUCACAUCUCUUUCUUCCCUGAUCAUCGGUUUCAAUCAAUUUAACCACCCCACAAUCCCUCCUUGGCUGGGUAACCUUACGGGCCUGCAAGAUCUUAGUCUUCGUGCUAAUUAUCUAGGUGGUAAGGUUCAUGAUACAUUUAGGCAAAUGACCUCUCUAGUUGACCUCGAUCUAGUAGGAAAUAGCUUUGAUACUUCAACAUUGAGAUCCAUUUGCAACGUCAGCAGUCUUACUUCUUUGGAUAUGAGCGAUAAUCAGUUGCAGGGUUCAAUACCAAGUGAAAUAGGCCGGCUUUGGAAACUAACCGGACUAUAUCUGGACUCUAAUAUGCUAAAUGGUACCAUUCCCUCGAGUCUUUGGGAACUCACCCAGUUACAAGCAUUAUUUGUUCAGGGAAAUUCAUUAACCGGUGAACUAUCUGAACACCAUUUUGCAAAACUCAAAGAGCUAAAGAGGUUGGACAUUUCUGAUAACUUAUUCUCUCUGCACGUGAGCUCCUCUUGGGUUCCUCCUUUUCAACUACAAUAUAUUGGGAUGGGAUCUAUCAAAAUUGGGCCCCGGUUCCCAAAUUGGCUACGCACGCAAAAGGAGAUUGAACAGUUAAACAUGGCGAAUGCCGGCAUUUCAGAUGCCAUACCCGGCUGGUUCGGAGUGCUUUCUAAUGAUCCUGGUGGCAUAAUUCUCUCCGGUAACAAAUUGGAGGGAUCUCUCAACUCAUUUAUUUCAGUAGCUGAUGUUGAUAAAAAGUUUGUACAAAUUUCACUGGUAGUAUCCCGGAAGACUUGUGCAAGUUGAAAACUUUAGAAUAGUUAGAUCUAUCCAACAACCAUUUGUCCGGAAGAAUUCCUUUAUGCUUGGGAAACUUGCGAUAUUUGAGUAUCCUACAUUUGGGAAGUAACAGCCUAUAUGGUCAGAUCCCAGGUUCACUGGGCAACUUGGGAGAACUUAUUAGUCUGCAAUUGAGUAAAAAUAGGUUUGAUGGGAAGCUCCCUCCUUCAAUGCAGAAUCUGAAAAGAUUGCAGUUCCUGGAUCUGGGAGAAAAUAGAAUAGCGGAUACUAUACCAGCGUGGAUUGGGGAAAGGUUAUCAGACUUGGAGUUUCUGACACUUCAGACGAAUAAUUUCCACGGAGGUAUCUCUAAUACACUCUGCCAACUCCCACAUCUUCAAGUGCUCAACCUAGCACAUAAUGAUUUAUCCGGAUCUAUUCCUCACUGCUUUAAAAACUUCACCGCGAUGGAAUCAACUAAACCAGGAACAUUUGAGUUCAACAAUUCUUAUCUUGAUCCCGUACUGCGAAACUUUAAGGCAGGAAUAGAGCUUGAGUACUCAAAAAACCUACCGUCUGUUAAAUCCAUUAGCCUCUCAGGAAAUCAUUUGGUCGGUGAAAUCCCGGAUGAGAUAAUGGGUCUCGUUGGGUUGCAAACUUUGAACCUUUCAAAAAACCAUCUAAAUGGAAGGAUCCCCAAGAACAUUGGCAAUUUGAAGCAACUUGAAACACUUGAUUUAUCGAUGAAUGAACUCAGAGGUGAAAUCCCUCCAAGCUUGUCGAGUAUAUACUCAUUGAGCUCUCUGAAUUUGUCAUACAAUAAGCUAUCAGGGCCGAUACCAUCUGGAAAUCAACUUCAGACCUUGAAUGAUCCAUCCAUCUAUGAGGGAAACAUUGGACUCUGUGGGAAGCCACUCCUGAACAGCUGCCCUGCAGACGAAUCGCCAACAGAAAAUGGGCCUGUUCUUGACGACAAAGGUCACAGCGAGUUUGAUUUCUCAUGGUUUUAUGCCGGUUUUGGACCUGGAUUCAGUGUUGGUGUAGUGGGAGUUGUGGGAAUCCUUCAAUUCAAGCAGUCAUGGCGCUAUGCAUUAUUCAAAUGUGUGGAAAAUGCCUAUGACGGAAUUUGGGUUAUGAUCGGAUUGAAGACUUCUCGUCUACGGAGGAAUUUCCAUUGAGUAAGUAUAUGUACAAAAGCACUUAAAAAUAUUGCAGUAAUUUGUUUAUGCAGAUUAAUUUAAGCACUGGACUCCAUGUAAUCUUAACAGGGUAAUAAUCAUGAUUUCAC